UUUUUUUCCAUUAUUAUAUAUUAAGAUGAUGCAAAUUUAUUUAAAAUUUACUUAUGAUACGAAUGUGAAAUUAAAUAAUGUUUAUUAAUUUGUUUGAUCAAAAUAUCAAAUAUAAAUGUAUAUUAUAAUUCCUAUGAUAAUUCUGCUCUGGAUUAACAAAGGGCCCGAGAUAAAGGCCACUCCCCUAAUAAUUGCAUAUUAUCCGAAUUGGGCGAGAUGGAGAACUGGCCAUUAUUCAUUCCGAUUGAGAGAUGUGAAUGGCACCUUGAUAACACAUUUGAUAUAUGCUUUUUUAAAGCCAACAUCCAAUGGGAAAAUAAUUAUAGAAACCCCGGAAGAUUUUUUAGAUUUGCUACAGUUCAAGGAUAAAUUUCCGAAUGUUAAGAUUAUUUUGAGUGUCGGUGGAGCCGGGAAUUAUUCAAUUCCAUUCAAUGAUAUAGUUUCUAGCAAAAAUAGGAUUAACAAUUUCGCCGAAAAUGCCAAAAAUUUACUUUUGAGUAAUAAUUUCGAUGGUUUAGAUCUAGAUUGGGAAUAUGCGGGUGUCAAUCAAAAGAAUGGCUUCAUGUUAUUAAUUAAGACUUUAGCUAUUAAAUUUAAAAGCGAUCUAAAAAAACCACUACUCUUAUUAGCAGCUGUAUCGUCGAGCAGAAAUCAAAUUAUCAAAAGUUACAAUAUUAGAGAAAUGAAUAAAUAUUUGGAUUACUUCAAUUUGAUGAGUUAUGAUUUCCAUGGUUCGUGGGGUAAUACAGUGAAUCACAAUAGUCCACUGAGAAGUAACGAUAUGCUAAGCCUGGAAUACGCUCUCAAUUAUUAUAUAUUAAAUGGUGCGAGCGUUGAUAAAAUCAACAUAGGGUUAGCUUUUUAUGGACGUUCUUUUACACUCAAAGAUCCAAACCAAACUAGCCCCGGUUCACCCAGUGUCAAAAAACCUGCACCUUUAGCUGGAAACAUAACCUCAGAAUCAGGAUAUUUAGCAUAUUUUGAGAUUAAAGAUUUAAAUUGGACUGAAAAAUGGGAUGACUUUGCUAAAGUACCCUACACUUUUAAAGGGAGAGAUUGGAUUAGUUAUGAUAAUCUUAGAAGUUAUUCUUAUAAGAUAAAAUAUUCUUGUUUGAAGAAAGUUCGAGGCUAUAUGUUGUGGGAUAUAUCAAUGGACGAUCUAGCCAACAAUCUUCUAUUCCAUAUCUACAGCACAUCAAAACUGAUUUGCGAUAAAAUUAAUCUAUUUCCAUCCUAAAUAUUUUGAUUUCUACAAAAUAACUUUUUAUAAUUAUUAUUUUUCUGUUUUUUCUUAUUUUGAUUAUUAUUUUUUACAAUUUAUAAUAUUAAUUCAUAAAAAUAAAAAUGACUGGAUGUAAAAAUAAAAAAUCU